AUGGGGAGGAAGCUGGACCUGUCUGGUCUGACCGAUGACGAAACGGAGCAUGUUCUCCAGGUGGUUCAGCGAGACUUCAAUCUUCGAAAAAAAGAGGAAGAACGGCUAAGUGAGAUGAAGCAGAAGCUGGCGGAGGAAGGCAGCAAGUGCAGCAUCCUCUCGAAGCAUCAGAAGUUCGUGGAGCACUGCUGCAUGCGCUGCUGCUCGCCCUUCACCUUCCUGGUCAACACCAAGCGCAGGUGUGCCGACUGCAAGUUCAAUGUCUGCAAGAGCUGCUGCUCCUACCAGAAGCGGGAGAAGGUGUGGAUCUGCUGUGUCUGCCAGCAAGCCAGGCUUCUGAGGACCCAGUCUCUGGAAUGGUUCUACAGUAACGUGAAGAGCCGCUUCAAACGCUUUGGCAGUGCCAAGGUCUUGAAGAACCUGUACAGGAAACACCGACUGGAGAGUGGGGCAUGCUUCGAUAUUCUAGGAGGAAACUUUUUCGAGGCAAACCUGGAGAAUGAAGGAAGUAUUUCGGGCAGUGAUUCAACAUUUUAUAGACAGUCAGAAGGACACAGCAUGAUGGACACAUUGGCUGUCGCCCUGCGGGUGGCUGAAGAGGCCAUCGAGGAGGCAAUUUCCAAAGCCGAAGCUUAUGGGGACAGUCUGGACAAGCAGAACGAGGCCAGCUAUCUGCGGGACCACAAGGAGGAGCUGACCGAGGAACUGGCCACAACUAUCCUGCAGAAGAUCAUAAGGAAACAGAAGAGCAAAGGCGAACAGCAAAUGGAAGAAGAGCUGGAGUGGUCACAGCCCCAGAGCUGCAGUGCAGAGGCAGCUGACCAGGGGACCACAGCGCCCCCAGGAGGCCCCCGAGCUCCCUCCACCCUCUGGCAAUCCCAGUCUUCGUCCUCACUCCGCAGAGAGGAUGCCCCGAAGACCCCUUCCCUGGAGGCUGUGUCGAGGCCACCGAGGGGCCAGGGCCGGCCGCCGCGGGAGGAGGCCGCCUUGCCCAGCUGGAGGAGCACCGACAGGCUGGACGAGACAAACUUGGCCGAGGUUUUGCAGAGCCCCGACGGGAACUGGGUGGCCCUGAAGGAUGGUACUCUGUCGCACACCUGCCUGCUGACCAAACCUAAGAGUGGCACGUUCCAGGCCCUGGAGGCAGCCUCCAGCAUGGCCUCUGCCUACAACGAGAUGGGCUCUGACAGUGAGGAGGACUUUGACUGGAGUGAGGCCUUGAGCACACUGUGCCCACGGCCCCAAGGCCGGCCCAGGAACCCCCAGCCUCAGCCCACACAGGCCCAGGGCUCAGACCAAGCCCCCUCAGCCACCAACUCCGGGCUCUCCCCGAACCCCGAGGCCAUGUGCUCCGACUCGGAGACCUCCUCUGCAGGCUCUUCCCGGGAAGCUGGGCGCCGGGCCAGACUGUCCUGGUUGCAGAGGAAGGCCCCCAGGGACCCCACAGCAGAGAAGAGGCGCCUGCAGGGAGAGCUGGAUGUGAACUUCAACCCCCAGGCAGCCAGCAGGGAGACCUCAGACAGCAGCGAGCCUGAGGAGGCCCCCCACGCUGCAGACCGGAAGGCCAGGAGGUGGGGAAGGGCCCGCAUGGGCUCAGAGGAGCCAAGCGAGGAAUUGUCUUCUCCCAACGCCGGUUCCCAGGGGCUGGACAUACAUCAGGUGUCAGGUGAUGUGUCAGAGACUGACAUCAGCAAUGAGCCUCGGCACCCUCAGGCCGGCGUGGCCACCACCGAGGAGAAACUGAGAAACAGGCUGUAUGAGUUAGCGAUGAAAAUGAGUGAGAAGGAGACGUCUUCGGGAGAAGAUCAGGAGUCAGAGCCCAAGACAGAGUCUGAGAACCACAAGGAAAGUCUGUCCUCUGAAGAGAACAGCCAGGGCGUCCAGGAAGAGCUGAAGAAGAAGUAUUCUGCUGUUUCUCUCUGCAACAUCUCCACAGAAGUCCUGAAAGUUAUCAAUGCCACAGAGGAGCUGAUAGCAGAGUCCACAGGGCCCUGGGAGUUCUCAUCUGUCCCUCCCGACAGAGAGAAGGGGACGUUUCCUCUCGGGACAGACCAAGCGAGACUGGAUGAGCAGCUGACUUCCCUGGAAGAAAACGUGUACCUGGCGGCAGGCACCGUGUACGGACUGGAAGGCCAGCUGAAUGAACUGGAGGGUGCCGCCCGCUGCAUCCACAGUGGCACCGAUGAGACCGAACUGGCAGAUCUGGAGGACCAGGUGGCCACGGCAGCAGCCCAGGUCCACCAUGCUGAGCUCCAGAUCUCUGAUAUCGAGAGCCGGAUUUCAGCCCUGACCAUUGCAGGAUUAAACAUAGCACCGUGUGUGCGCCUCACAAGAAAACGAGAUCAGAAGCAAAGGAACCAGGUACAAACCAUCGACACAUCAAGGCAGCAGAGGAGGAAACUGCCUGCCCCACCAGUGAAAGCUGAAAACAUGGAGUCAUCUUCAGUGACCACCAUGAAAACAUUUAACCGCAACUUCAUUCUCCAAGGCGCCUCGACAAACAGGACUAAUGAAAGGAAAAGCACCACCAAGGAUUUGAUGGAGCCCGCUCCGGAGUCGGCUGUGACGUAUUAGCGCCCCGGGACUCCACUGCCAGUGACCCACUGCCUCCGGCCGUACACGACAGUGCCUUGACCCAACAGCCAUCGAAUACUGUACGGAUUCCCACCCGUGGAGAGGGCGUGGGGGAGGCCACGGUGCGCCGCUGCCCAGGGCUGUCCCGAUACCUCACCCAGAAAGCAGUCCCGGACUUGCGCACUGCGGUCCUGCCCGCGCUCUGCCUUAGGCUCGCAGGGGGAUCCGAGACAGCCAGCCGCGCCGCGGGUUUCCAACAGCAGAGCUCCGUGUGCACAAGAUGCAUCUUUUCCCUGUCCGCUUUGCUACUCUGUCGUCUUUAAGAUCUCUCUCUCUC